GAUAUAGACGAGUGUGAAACCAGCAUCCAUUCAUGUGAUGUCAAUGCGUUUUGUAACAAUACCAUUGGAUCUUAUAUUUGCACUUGUAAUCCUGGGUACUUUGGAAAUGGAAAAUCGUGUCUUGGUAAAACCUUAAACUAAUCGUCUUGCAGAGUUCAUCACACUAUGCAGUGCCAGUCCCUUUUUCCUGUUGCCUUUAUUAGCUUUGAUUCUGAUAUCCAGCAAACCCCUUUAAUUCUCUGCUUGCAGCUAAAAUGUUUUUGCGUACCUCUGAUCUCGAGUUGUCGCCUCCGCAGUUGAUUUCAGCAGGUGGUGGAUGUACGUUCUCUUUUUUCCACAAAGUAGUUUUGGGUUUUCGUAUCCGACAGUGUCGUACUUAGUUGUCUUAGUUGCUUUCGAGGUUUGUGUUUCACCAUAGGGCGUUUUGUAAUUAGGAGCGGUCUUGUAAACUUACGGUAAUUUUGCAAUGAACUGGUUUUGAGGUCCUUGCUGACCCAGAGGCCCCCGCAUUUAUUCUUGGGUGGGUGUCUUUCUGGGUAGUGUAGGCAAAAUGCAAUAUUUGUUUGGAUUUGUUUUUUUUUUCUUUUUAUCUUCAUACAUUCUCUCCCUUCAGAUAUUAACGAGUGUACCACUAAUGUCCAUAAUUGUGAUGCAAAUGCUUUCUGUGAUAACACUGAUGGAUCUUACACCUGCGCAUGCAGCCCUGGAUAUACUGGAAAUGGAACAUCCUGCGCUGGUAAACUAUCAACGCAUUUCCAUUUUUAAGCGACCAUAUAUUAUUGCUAUUAAAACUGGGGGGAGCGGGGGUAGGACAGGGCGGGGGGGGGCGGUGUAAAUUACGUCUCUGCUCCGUUAUAAGCAAUAUUUGUUUGGGUUUGUUUUGAUUUGUCUUAACAUCUAAGGUUGCUGAACACAAUUUCUCUAAAUCUGAUUUAUCCCUUUACUGUGUAUUUUAACAAAUUUAUCAUUACAUAAAGAAAAAGAGGGAGGAAAGGCUGAUAAAAAGUUUAACAGAAAAUAAUGUUUUUGUCGCCUUUGACAUAUCACGUGACCUCAGCGCGGGCCUGUUGAACUAGAGCUGAACAUGCGUACUUUCGUAAGCAACGUAAAUAAACUACAAUAUCUUUAAAUCUACUCAUUAAAAUGUGACGAAAUAUGACAGAAAUCCUGUUCAUGUCACGCUCAAGCCAAUAAAAGCGUCAAAAUAUCUUUUCAACAAAGGAGUUUUGUGACAAAAUCAAGAUUUCCAUAAAGGCUAUUUUCUUGAAGAUUUUAAAAAACUGUUCGUUAUAAUUUUGGUCAAGUGGUUUCUAAAAGAUGAGGGUUACUAAUCGAAAGCUGUGUUCAAUUUUCUAAGAAAAUCCAAUGACUGAAUUUUGCUUAAACCUAAUAAAUUGAAAUUUUUUGGCUUGUUGUCAAACUUCCAUGUUGCCAUGGCAACAAUCCAAGUCUCACUUUUAACUUAAUAAAUGUCAUGUCUGAUAAAUAUAGAUUGUCUGAUGUGCUGAAUCAAAAUUUUAGCGUUAUACUCGCAAUGAGUCUUAAAUAAAACCCCAAUAAUUGGUUAUGAUCCACAACCUAUCAAACUGUGUUCAGGCACCUUAAUUCUCUCCUUUCAGAUAUUAACGAGUGUACAGCCAAAGGCCAUAACUGUGAUGCCAAUGCUUUCUGCAAUAACACUCAGGGGUCUUAUAACUGCACAUGCAGCCCUGGAUACACUGGAAAUGGAACAUCAUGCAUCGGUAAAUCAUCGUGCUUAAUGCAUGUAAAAUUAUUUUAGCGAGGUGCAAGAAAGAAGCAGUACCCCAUAAAUGCAUUAAGUAAUUCUCCAAACAUAUCUCUCAGCGUACUUAUGGAAGCCCAUCUGAUAAAGUACAAGCUAUUUCUUGGAAAACGCACCCUGUUGUUUGAAUCUUAUAAGCGGCCACCUCCCGUAUGAGACCACUUACAGUUGCAUCUUGUUUGGUCGCUUAGCGAGAAGCUUGACUGUAUGUUAAGAAGUCCGAAAGAGAAGAACCCCAUACAUAGAAACGUUCCUUAUCCAAGGCUUAUUAUUUCAUUCAUAGACAUCGUUCUGCUGAAAAUACCUUCCUUUUAGAUAUAACAAGUGCAUACUGGAAAUGAAACAGCAUGCACCGGUAUAUCAAAAAUCGUUUCUGCUGCAGUAUUGGAAUUAUGUUUCGUUGAUCCGGUUUGCCCGCAUCAUCUUAAAUACUUUCUUAAUACUUCUUUCCUUUCAGAUAUUAACGAAUGUACCACUAACAUCCAUAACUGUGAUGCCAAUGCUUUCUGCAAUAACACUCAGGGGUCUUAUAACUGCACAUGUAGCCCUGGAUACACUGAAAAUGGAACAUCAUGCAUCGGUAAAUCAUCCUGCCUAAUGUAUGUAAAAUUAUUUUAGUUAGGUCCAAGAAAGAAGCAGUACCCAUAAAAUUAAUUAAGUAAUUCUCCAAACAUAUCUCUCUUAAACUGUGUUCAGGCACCUUAAUUCUCUCCUUUCAGAUAUUAACGAGUGCACAGCCAACGUCCAUAACUGUGAUGCCAAUGCUUUCUGUAAUAACACUGAGGGAUCUUAUAAAUGCACGUGUAGCCCUGGGUACGAUGGAAAUGGAAUUUCUUGCACCGGUAAAUUAUCAUGACCAAUACAUUUUUUUUUUAAAAAAGCAAUGUAUGUAUUUUAACUCUUUGAUUUUUUUUAUUUCAUUUCAUUUCAAGUUUCGUUUUUCUUUUUAUGUUUUGCUUUUGUUUUUGUUUUUUUUUUUUUGGGGGUGGGGAGCUUAAAAUCGUUUGAGCUGCAGUAUUUGAAUUAUGUUUCGUCAAGAGCCAUUAUGGCUCUUGGUUUCGUUGAUCUGUUUUGCCCGCAUCAUCUUUAAUACUUUCUUAAUAAUUCUUUCCUUUCAGAUAUUAACGAGUGUACCACUAACGUCCAUAACUGUGAUGCCAAUGCUUUCUGCAAUAACACUCAGGGGUCUUAUAACUGCACAUGCAGCCCUGGAUACACUGGAAAUGGAACAUCAUGCAUCGGUAAAUCAUCCUGCCUAAUGCAUGUAAAAUUAUUUUACCGAGGUGCAAGAAAGAAGCAGUACCCCAUAAAUGCAUUAAGUAAUUCUCCAAACCUAUCUUCCUCAAACUGUGUUCAGGCAACUUUAAUUCUCUCUUUUCAGAUAUUAACGAAUGUACAGCCAAAGUCCAUAACUGUGAUGCCAAUGCUUUCUGCAAUAACACUCAGGGGUCUUAUAACUGCACAUGUAGCCCUGGAUAUACUGGAAAUGGAACAUCAUGCAUCGGUAAAUCAUCGUGCCUAAUGCAUGUAAAAUUAUUUUAGCGAGGUCCAAGAAACAAGCAGUACCCCAUAAAUGCAUUAAGUAAUUCUCCAAACAUAUCUCUCAGCGUACUUAUGGAAGCCCAUCUGAUAAAGUACAAGCUAUUUCUUGGAAAACGCACCCUGUUGUUUGAAUCUUAUAAGCGGCCACCUCCCGUAUGAGACCACUUACAGUUGCAUCUUGUUUGGUCGCUCAGCGAGAAGCUUGAAGAGAAGAACCCCAUACAUAGAAACGUUCCUUAUCCAAGGCUUAUUAUUUCAUUCAUAGACAUCGUUCUGCUGAAAAUACCUUCCUUUUAGAUAUAACAAGUGCAUACUGGAAAUGAAACAGCAUGCACCGGUAUAUCAAAAAUCGUUUCUGCUGCAGUAUUGGAAUUAUGUUUCGUUGAUCCGGUUUGCCCGCAUCAUCUUAAAUACUUUCUUAAUACUUCUUUCCUUUCAGAUAUUAACGAGUGUACCACUAAUAUCCAUAACUGUGAUGCCAAUGCUUUCUGCAGUAACACUCAGGGGUCUUAUAACUGCACAUGCAGCCCUGGAUACACUGGAAAUGGAACAUCAUGCAUCGGUAAAUCAUCGUGCCUAAUGCAUGUAAAAUUAUUUUAGCGAGGUCCAAGAAACAAGCAGUACCCCAUAAAUUAAUUAAGUAAUUCUCCAAACAUAUCUUUCUUAAACUGUGUUCAGGCACCUUAAGGUAUCAGCCACCCUUAAAAUUGCCAUUUUUCCAUAUUUGAGGUUUCAUAGACCACUAGCUGGAUUAAUUUAUAUCAUAUAUAUUUGAUUUUUUGGGCUAAAACGUAAUUGGUUUAAAAAUAUCAUACGACUAUCUCGUGACCGUUAAGUUAUAUAUAUAAUUAAGUUAUAUUUAAAUGUGCUCCGGUGCGUAAAACCACGAUUAAAAAGCAAAUUAUCCCUGUUACUGUGGGGUCUGAAAACACCCGUUUUAUUAAACUGUGUCUUUUUAUACUCUGGCUGCGGGCUGUGAAACCACGAUUUUGACCUUUAAGAAAAUGACAGUGAGAAAUCUGCAUUACAGCACCAGUAGUUAUUAUCACCUAGGAAAUUAAAUUGCCAUGCUUUUUUACGUCCGUUCUUCACCGUGUUACUGCGUAUUCUUGCAUUUCUUCCGUUCAGUUUUAGUCAGAAAUUGCCAAAGCAGCCUCGUUUCUAGAUUGAUUGAAUGAGUGAUUGGAGUAAUAUAUAUAUCAAGCUUUUGCCUUCCUGUUACUUCUUUACGCAGCCUUUUUUACAACUUAGUUUGGGCAUCGAAGUAUCCCACAAACUUGAAUCGUAUUGUUCUACGUCAGAAAAAAAAAAAAUUCGAAUUAUUUCCAAGACGCCAUUUGAUGCUCACACUGAUCCUAAAUUCAAACGUUUGCAAAUACUGAAAUUAUCUCAAAUUUACUUUUUUCAAGUUGGAAAGUUCAUGUAUUCUUAUUAAGUAGGCCUGCUUCCUAAUGUAUUUAAAGAAAUGUUUUUAAUGACAAAUCAAGUUCAUUCCCAUAAUACCAGAAAUUCAAAUACUUUCUACUUUACACUAUUAUGCACUAAUUCGAUUGCCUUCUUUGUUUUACCCUUGCUAUAUUAGGGGCACCCAACGUCAGUUUUCGGAAAAUAUCUGUUCGGGAGACGAUUUGAAAUCUAGAAUUUUCGGAACAUUUGUUUUAAAAUUUCUUGCUUGCCUGCCUCUUCUAGGAUUUUUGAACAUCUAAAAAAUCAUAUAAUUGCCCAUGUUUUUAACGUAUUUUUACCCUGAGGUCACCAAGAAUUUUCAGGGCCUUUUUUUCUGGCUGAAAUUUUCGAAAAGGUGAGUUUUGAUCCCCAUAAUUUUUCGAUCACUAGUAAGACUAGGAAAUCAGAACAGAUGAAAAAUUUUUAGGGGAUAAAAAUAAGCCUAUAUCUGCCCUUUAAAUACUAGAGUAGGUUUAACAAUGCUAUGUUUAAGUGGUUUCGAACUAUUUUCUCGGAGGCUGUCCCUGCUAUUUUGCACUUACUAUUUGUUCGUACUUGUCCCACUAUUCAAGUAAAAUCACUUUAUCAUGACGCAUGGGCUAUCAUCAUGCAUCUUUACGUCGGCUCAAGAUCUUACAUCCUUAUAACGAACGUAGAAGCUGAGGACUUAAAUAUAUAUUUCUUGAAAUCAGCCGUAGACAAUCCUGUCUGCAAUGCAAACAAAGCAAGAGGUUAUUUUUAAGAGCAAGAGGUUAUUUUUAGUGCGAAAAAAGGGGGCUCCUGCGAAGCGUUUGCGUGUGUUAAAAGUGGGAGAAUGCCUGGGGCCAACAACAGAACGGAAUAUUUUAAAUAGAUUGUAUAAGUUUAAUAUCCCUGAAAAAGUGGGAUAUUAUUUGUAGUGGCAGUGGAAACAAGUUGACAACUUCAGAGUCUGGGCUGAUAAAAGUGAACGAGGGAGAACAUGAGUGACCCCACGAUAGAGAGUCCAAGUCGUGAAAAUGACCGGCGAAUACUGAUUAUGUUAACUGUCUUCAUCUGUCUUAUUGCCGUUGUCAUUUUGGUUAUUGCUGCUAUAAUGUUGUCAUUGAUAAUAUCUCGAAAUAAUGAUGUUGAUGAUGAUGCUAAAGGAUCAAAACUUGACGCCGCGGUGCAGGGUAAGCAAACGUUACAACUUUUUAAAAGUCCGGCUGUCUACUCGUAACACCCUCAACUAGCGAUUAAAGGCUUCUAAACUUGCCCUGUCAUAUCUCGGUUUAGUCCGCUCUUAGAACUUUAUUUUUCAAGAGCCCGCGCACUUGUUUCGCAGUAGGUAUCUCAGGUAGGGUAAGUUUAAAAGACAAAUUUGUUUCCCGGGGAAUUUUACAUUUUGUUUCAGUAUUUUUGCAUUUCUGAUUCGGCAGGGGCACAAAACGACUGUUUCCUGUAAAAUAUCUGUUCGCAGAAGCAAAUAUUGCCUAGAAUAUUCUAUUGCUUGAAUACGGCUAAAAAUUUCUAGAAGAGCGCUCCAUUCAGGUACGAUUUUGGAAACUUAUCUAAAAAAUUCCCUACUAUUUUCUGAAGUGUAAUUUUUCAUCUUUUACUCCUUACGUUAGGCUAAUUUUCGUACAAAUAGAAAAACCGAAAAUUUUCGGAUUCAAAAAUGAGAUGAAAAGAAGAACAAGAAAAAUUCUCACCGAGUUCGUUCAACUGCAUCUAAAAUUUUCGGAAAAAUAACAGUGAAGCCCUUGUAAUUUCGAAAAGCCUUCAGUUUCCCUAGGAUGACCGAACAGAUGCAACUUUUAUAGUGCUGCUUAGAAUACAUUUCUAGAGAUCUAAAAGUACUCUGGAUAGCAUAAAAGACUUUUCAAUGCGUUUAGGAGGAAACCGUCGUUGGGUCCCCUGAUUCGGGGGCACAGUCAGCGACUUUUUUUUGUGUAAAGAACUAUUCGAAGGGGCAAACUAUUGGAGACAAAUAAACUAACUUCCGAGUUAGGAUUUCGAGUUAGAUUUCGAGCUGGAUUUUCGAGAUAGGAAUUUGAGUUGGAUUUUCGAGUUAGGAUUUCGAUUUGGAUUUUCGAGUUGGAUUUUCGAAAUAGGAUUUCGAGUUGGAUUUUCGAGUGAGGAUGUAGAGUUGGUUUUUUCGAGAUGGUUACUAGUAAUCCAACUGCAACGAAUCGGCUAGUUUGUCCGUAAACCGUCUCGUGGACUUCCAGUGCAAUGCAGUCAACAAAAGAAUUCCUGUAGGGGUGCAGUUUGUGUUUUGCCUUUUUUUUUCUGCGACAUCGCUAUAUAAAGCAUACAUGAAGGAAGAGGUAAGACAUUGAGUCAUACAUAACGUCAUUUCCAAAAAUACGAUAACCGGACGUACUCUAGAAUAUGAUUUUUCUUGUCAUAUCUAUUCCGGUGGAACAAAUUUAGAAAUCGCGUUAAGAAUUAGACACAACAAAAGGCAAAUAUAUAAAUCCUAUAAUUCCAUUAUAUUUUGAAUACCAACAAAUGGCUCAAAUGCUGCUUUACAGACCUUUCCUAGCUUCUUCCCUUGGCGGACACCAAGCAUAUAUUCAUAGAAAUAUUUGUUCAUUUAUUUAUUUAUUUAUUUAUUUAUUUAUUUAUUUAUUUAUGGGGCAUCGAAAUUUGCAUCUGGCUAAGAGCACGGGUGGUUCACGUGAUGCGCGCGCGCUUCGCGCUCGACGAGAUUAUAAACUCGCUUCGCAAGAAUUAUCGUCCAUCUCCCUAAACAUCCAAGGAAGCUUUUCUUUUUCUCUUCUUUUAUUUUUCUAUAUAUGUUUAUGUUUAUUUAUCAACUAUAUAAUGAUACCAUAAAACUUAAAAUCAGUUUAAAAUUUGAACAUAACUGCUUGCGCUUCCAAUUAAACCACAACAUAUCAGGCACGAUCUCUAGCGAUGCACGAUUCAAUUCAAAAAUAUUUUUUCAAUCUUUUUCAGAUAUAGACGAGUGUGAAACCAGCAUCCAUUCAUGUGAUGUCAAUGCGUUUUGUAACAAUACCAUUGGAUCUUAUAUUUGCACUUGUAAUCCUGGGUACUUUGGAAAUGGAAAAUCGUGUCUUGGUAAACCCUUAAACUAAUCGUCUUGCAAAGUUCAUCACACUAUGCAGUGCCAGUCCCUUUUUCCUGUUGCCUUUAUUAGCUUUGAUUCUGAUAUCCAGCAAACCCCUUUAAUUCUCUGCUUGCAGCUAAAAUGUUUUUGCGUACCUCUGAUCUCGAGUUGUCGCCUCCGCAGUUGAUUUCAGCAGGUGGUGGAUGCACGUUCUCUUUUUUCCACAAAGUAGUUUUGGGUUUUCGUAUCCGACAGUGUCGUACUUAGUUGUCUUAGUUGCUUUCGAGGUUUGUGUUUCACCAUAGGGCGUUUUGUAAUUAGGAGCGGUCUUGUAAACUUACGGUAAUUUUGCAAUGAACUGGUUUUGAGGUCCUUGCUGACCCAGAGGCCCCCGCAUUUAUUCUUGGGUGGGUGUCUUUCUGGGUAGUGUAGGCAAAAUGCAAUAUUUGUUUGGAUUUGUUUUUUUUUUUUUCUUUUUAUCUUCAUACAUUCUCUCCCUUCAGAUAUUAACGAGUGUACCACUAAUGUCCAUAAUUGUGAUGCAAAUGCUUUCUGUGAUAACACUGAUGGAUCUUACACCUGCGCAUGCAGCCCUGGAUAUACUGGAAAUGGAACAUCCUGCGCCGGUAAAUUAUCAACGCAUUUGCAUUUUUAAGCGACCAUAUAUUAUUGCUAUUCAAACUGGGGGGAGCGGGGGUAGGACAGGGCGGGGGGGCGGUGUAAAUUACGUCUCUGCUCCGUUAUAAGCAAUAUUUGUUUGGGUUUGUUUUGAUUUGUCUUAACAUCUAAGGUUGCUGAACACAAUUUCUCUAAAUCUGAUUUAUCCCUUUACUGUGUAUUUUAACAAAUUUAUCAUUACAUAAAGAAAAAGAGGGAGGAAAGGCUGAUAAAAAGUUUAACAGAAAAUAAUGUUUUUGUCGCCUUUGACAUAUCACGUGACCUCAGCGCGGGCCUGUUGAACUAGAGCUGAACAUGCGUACUUUCAUAAGCAACGUAAAUAAACUACAAUAUCUUUAAAUCUACUCAUUAAAAUGUGACGAAAUUUGGCAGAAAUCCGGUUCAUGUCACGCUCAAGCCAAUAAAAGCGUCAAAAUAUCUUUUCAACAAAGGAGUUUUGUGACAAAAUCAAGAUUUCCAUAAAGGCUAUUUUCUUGAAGAUUUUAAAAAACUGUUCGUUACAAUUUUGGUCAAGUGGUUUCUAAAAGAUGAGGGUUACUAAUCGAAAGCUGUGUUCAAUUUUCUAAGAAAAUCCAAUGACUGAAUUUUGCUUAAACCUAAUAAAUUGAAAUUUUUUGGCUUUUUGUCAAACUUCCAUGUUGCCAUGGCAACAAUCCAAGUCUCACUUUUAACUUAAUAAAUGUCAUGUCUGAUAAAUAUAGAUUGUUUGAUGUGCUGAAUCAAAAUGUUAGCGUUAUACCCGCAAUGAGUCUUAAAUAAAACCCCAAUAAUUGGUUAUGAUCCACAUCCUAUCAAACUGUGUUCAGGCACCUUAAUUCUCUCCUUUCAGAUAUUAACGAGUGUACAGCCAAAGUCCAUAACUGUGAUGCCAAUGCUUUCUGCAAUAACACUCAGGGGUCUUAUAACUGCACAUGCAGCCCUGGAUACACUGGAAAUGGAACAUCAUGCAUCGGUAAAUCAUCGUGCCUAAUGCAUGUAAAAUUAUUUUAGCGAGGUCCAAGAAACAAGCAGUACCCCAUAAAUGCAUUAAGUAAUUCUCCAAACAUAUCUCUCAGCGUACUUAUGGAAGCCCAUGUGAUAAAGUACAAGCUAUUUCUUGGAAAAGGCACCCUGUUGUUUGAAUCUUAUAAGCGGCCACCUCCCGUAUGAGACCACUUACACUUGCAUCUUGUUUGGUCGCUUAGCGAGAAGCUUGACUGUAUGUUAAGAAGUCCGAAAGAGAAGAACCCCAUACAUAGAAACGUUCCUUAUCCAAGGCUUAUUAUUUUAUUCAUAGACAUCGUUCUGCUGAAAAUACCUUCCUUUUAGAUAUAACAAGUGCAUACUGGAAAUGAAACAGCAUGCACCGGUAUAUCAAAAAUCGUUUCUGCUGCAGUAUUGGAAUUAUGUUUCGUUGAUCCGGUUUGCCCGCAUCAUCUUAAAUACUUUCUUAAUACUUCUUUCCUUUCAGAUAUUAACGAGUGUACCACUAACAUCCAUAACUGUGAUGCCAAUGCUUUCUGCAAUAACACUCAGGGUCUUAUAACUGCACAUGUAGCCCUGGAUACACUGGAAAUGGAACAUCAUGCAUCGGUAAAUCAUCCUGCCUAAUGUAUGUAAAAUUAUUUUAGUUAGGUCCAAGAAAGAAAGCAGUACCCAUAAAUUAAUUAAGUAAUUCUCCAAACAUAUCUCUCUUAAACUGUGUUCAGGCACCUUAAUUCUCUCCUUUCAGAUAUUAACGAGUGCACAGCCAACGUCCAUAACUGUGAUGCCAAUGCUUUCUGUAAUAACACUGAGGGAUCUUAUAAAUGCACGUGUAGCCCUGGGUACGAUGGAAAUGGAAUAUCUUGCACCGGUAAAUUAUCAUGACCAAUACAUUUUUUUAAAAAAAAAGCAAUGUAUGUAUUUUAACUCUUUGAUUUUUUUUUUUUAUUUCAUUUCAUUUCAAGUUUCGCUUUUCUUUUUAUGUUUUGCUUUUGUUUUUGUUUUUUUUUUUUGGGGGUGGGGGGAGCUUAAAAUCGUUUGAGCUGCAGUAUUUGAAUUUUGUUUCGUCAAGAGCCAUUAUGGCUCUUGGUUUCGUUGAUCUGUUUUGCCCGCAUCAUCUUUAAUACUUUCUUAAUAAUUCUUUCCUUUCAGAUAUUAACGAGUGUACCACUAACGUCCAUAACUGUGAUGCCAAUGCUUUCUGCAAUAACACUCAGGGGUCUUAUAACUGCACAUGCAGCCCUGGAUACACUGGAAAUGGAACAUCAUGCAUCGGUAAAUCAUCCUGCCUAAUGCAUGUAAAAUUAUUUUAGCGAGGUGCAAGAAAGAAGCAGUACCCCAUAAAUGCAUUAAGUAAUUCUCCAAACCUAUCUUUCUCAAACUGUGUUCAGGCAACUUUAAUUCUCUCUUUUCAGAUAUUAACGAAUGUACAGCCAAAGUCCAUAACUGUGAUGCCAAUGCUUUCUGCAAUAACACUCAGGGGUCUUACAACUGCACAUGUAGCCCUGGAUAUACUGGAAAUGGAACAUCAUGCAUCGGUAAAUCAUCGUGCCUAAUGCAUGUAAAAUUAUUUUAGCGAGGUCCAAGAAACAAGCAGUACCCCAUAAAUGCAUUAAGUAAUUCUCCAAACAUAUCUCUCAGCGUACUUAUGGAAGCCCAUCUGAUAAAGUACAAGCUAUUUCUUGGAAAAGGCACCCUGUUGUUUGAAUCUUAUAAGCGACCACCUCCCGUAUGAGACCACUUACACUUGCAUCUUGUUUGGUCGCUUAGCGAGAAGCUUGACUGUAUGUUAAGAAGUCCGAAAGAGAAGAACCCCAUACAUAGAAACGUUCCUUAUCCAAGGCUUAUUAUUUUAUUCAUAGACAUCGUUCUGCUGAAAAUACCUUCCUUUUAGAUAUAACAAGUGCAUACUGGAAAUGAAACAGCAUGCACCGGUAUAUCAAAAAUCGUUUCUGCUGCAGUAUUGGAAUUAUGUUUCGUUGAUCCGGUUUGCCCGCAUCAUCUUAAAUACUUUCUUAAUACUUCUUUCCUUUCAGAUAUUAACGAGUGUACCACUAACAUCCAUAACUGUGAUGCCAAUGCUUUCUGCAAUAACACUCAGGGGUCUUAUAACUGCACAUGUAGCCCUGGAUACACUGGAAAUGGAACAUCAUGCAUCGGUAAAUCAUCCUGCCUAAUGUAUGUAAAAUUAUUUUAGUUAGGUCCAAGAAAGAAGCAGUACCCCAUAAAUUAAUUAAGUAAUUCUCCAAACAUAUCUCUCUUAAACUGUGUUCAGGCACCUUAAUUCUCUCCUUUCAGAUAUUAACGAGUGCACAGCCAACGUCCAUAACUGUGAUGCCAAUGCUUUCUGUAAUAACACUGAGGGAUCUUAUAAAUGCACGUGUAGCCCUGGGUACGAUGGAAAUGGAAUAUCUUGCACCGGUAAAUUAUCAUGACCAAUACAUUUUUUUAAAAAAAAAGCAAUGUAUGUAUUUUAACUCUUUGAUUUUUUUUAUUUCAUUUCAUUUCAAGUUUCGCUUUUCUUUUUAUGUUUUGCUUUUGUUUUUGUUUUUGCUUUUUUGGGGGGUGGGGGAGCUUAAAAUCGUUUGAGCUGCAGUAUUUGAAUUAUGUUUCGUCAAGAGCCAUUAUGGCUCUUGGUUUCGUUGAUCUGUUUUGCCCGCAUCAUCUUUAAUACUUUCUUAAUAAUUCUUUCCUUUCAGAUAUUAACGAGUGUACCACUAACGUCCAUAACUGUGAUGCCAAUGCUUUCUGCAAUAACACUCAGGGGUCUUAUAACUGCACAUGCAGCCCUGGAUACACUGGAAAUGGAACAUCAUGCAUCGGUAAAUCAUCCUGCCUAAUGCAUGUAAAAUUAUUUUAGCGAGGUCCAAGAAAGAAGCAGUACCCAUAAAUGCAUUAAGUAAUUCUCCAAACAUAUCUUUCUCAAACUGUGUUCAGGCAACUUUAAUUCUCUCUUUUCAGAUAUUAACGAGUGUACAGCCAAAGUCCAUAACUGUGAUGCCAAUGCUUUCUGCAAUAACACUCAGGGGUCUUACAACUGCACAUGUAGCCCUGGAUAUACUGGAAAUGGAACAUCAUGCAUCGGUAAAUCAUCGUGCCUAAUGCAUGUAAAAUUAUUUUAGCGAGGUCCAAGAAACAAGCAGUACCCCAUAAAUGCAUUAAGUAAUUCUCCAAACAUAUCUCUCAGCGUACUUAUGGAAGCCCAUCUGAUAAAGUACAAGCUAUUUCUUGGAAAAGGCACCCUGUUGUUUGAAUCUUAUAAGCGACCACCUCCCGUAUGAGACCACUUACACUUGCAUCUUGUUUGGUCGCUUAGCGAGAAGCUUGACUGUAUGUUAAGAAGUCCGAAAGAGAAGAACCCCAUACAUAGAAACGUUCCUUAUCCAAGGCUUAUUAUUUUAUUCAUAGACAUCGUUCUGCUGAAAAUACCUUCCUUUUAGAUAUAACAAGUGCAUACUGGAAAUGAAACAGCAUGCACCGGUAUAUCAAAAAUCGUUUCUGCUGCAGUAUUGGAAUUAUGUUUCGUUGAUCCGGUUUGCCCGCAUCAUCUUAAAUACUUUCUUAAUACUUCUUUCCUUUCAGAUAUUAACGAGUGUACCACUAACAUCCAUAACUGUGAUGCCAAUGCUUUCUGCAAUAACACUCAGGGGUCUUAUAACUGCACAUGUAGCCCUGGAUACACUGGAAAUGGAACAUCAUGCAUCGGUAAAUCAUCCUGCCUAAUGUAUGUAAAAUUAUUUUAGUUAGGUCCAAGAAAGAAGCAGUACCCAUAAAUUAAUUAAGUAAUUCUCCAAACAUAUCUCUUUAAACUGUGUUCAGGCACCUUAAUUCUCUCCUUUCAGAUAUUAACGAGUGCACAGCCAACGUCCAUAACUGUGAUGCCAAUGCUUUCUGUAAUAACACUGAGGGAUCUUAUAAAUGCACGUGUAGCCCUGGGUACGAUGGAAAUGGAAUAUCUUGCACCGGUAAAUUAUCAUGACCAAUACAUUUUUUAAAAAAAAAAAGCAAUGUAUGUAUUUUAACUCUUUGAUUUUUUUUUUUCAUUUCAUUUCAAGUUUCGCUUUUCUUUUUAUGUUUUGCUUUUGUUUUUGUUUUUGCUUUUUUUUGGGGGUGGGGAGCUUAAAAUCGUUUGAGCUGCAGUAUUUGAAUUAUGUUUCGUCAAGAGCCAUUAUGGCUCUUGGUUUCGUUGAUCUGUUUUGCCCGCAUCAUCUUUAAUACUUUCUUAAUAAUUCUUUCCUUUCAGAUAUUAACGAGUGUACCACUAACGUCCAUAACUGUGAUGCCAAUGCUUUCUGCAAUAACACUCAGGGGUCUUAUAACUGCACAUGCAGCCCUGGAUACACUGGAAAUGGAACAUCAUGCAUCGGUAAAUCAUCCUGCCUAAUGCAUGUAAAAUUAUUUUAGCGAGGUGCAAGAAAGAAGCAGUACCCCAUAAAUGCAUUAAGUAAUUCUCCAAACCUAUCUUUCUCAAACUGUGUUCAGGCAACUUUAAUUCUCUCUUUUCAGAUAUUAACGAAUGUACAGCCAAAGUCCAUAACUGUGAUGCCAAUGCUUUCUGCAAUAACACUCAGGGGUCUUACAACUGCACAUGUAGCCCUGGAUAUACUGGAAAUGGAACAUCAUGCAUCGGUAAAUCAUCGUGCCUAAUGCAUGUAAAAUUAUUUUAGCGAGGUCCAAGAAACAAGCAGUACCCCAUAAAUGCAUUAAGUAAUUCUCCAAACAUAUCUCUCAGCGUACUUAUGGAAGCCCAUGUGAUAAAGUACAAGCUGUUUCUUGGAAAAGGCACCCUGUUGUUUGAAUCUUAUAAGCGGCCACCUCCCGUAUGAGACCACUUACACUUGCAUCUUGUUUGGUGGCUUAGAAUACGAGAAGCUUGACUGUAUGUUAAGAAGUCCGAAAGAGAGGAACCCCAUACAUAGAAACGUUCCUUAUCCAAGGCUUAUUAUUUUAUUCAUAGACAUCGUUCUGCUGAAAAUACCUUCCUUUUAGAUAUAACAAGUGCAUACUGGAAAUGAAACAGCAUGCACCGGUAUAUCAAAAAUCGUUUCUGCUGCAGUAUUGGAAUUAUGUUUCGUUGAUCCGUUUGCCCGCAUCAUCUUUAAUACUUUCUUUAUAAUUCCUUCCUUUCAGAUAUUAACGAGUGUACCACUAACGUCCAUAACUGUGAUGCCAAUGCUUUCUGCAAUAACACUCAGGGGUCUUAUAACUGCACAUGCAGCCCUGGAUACACUGGA